AUUUUCACACGUAAAAACACACAACACACAUUGUUUUUCCUUCUUUCUAUUCACAAAUAUAUUCUCUGCUGUUACACUCUUCUAACUUGCUAAACUUGAAACUCUUCCUCCUCCUUCCUUCCUUCCUCUUUAACAUGAAUGACAACACUUGUUUGUGUUAUUUCCAUCCAAAAGAAGUAGUAAUCGGAGUAUGUGCUUUGUGCUUGAAUGAAAGGCUUCUAAUCUUGGCUUCUAAGCAAGAAAAGAAGAAGAAGAUUAACAUUAUUAAUCUGCAGGGAAAGAGAGAUUACAGGAGCUUCUUGAGAGAAAAGAAGAAGAAGAUUAAUAUUAAUGAUGAUGAAGAAGAGCAUAAUCAUCAUCAUUCAAGAAUUCAUUAUCUGCCAAAGAUGUUUCCUUUGAGCUCUCUUUUCAAUCGCCUUGACAUUAGACAUUCACGCAAAGAGAGUAUUCAUGAUAAUGGUGAUAUUGAUGUUUCUUCCACUUGCAGUUAUGAAGAUUCGUUUAUAUCAAUAAAGUUUGAAAAUAAUGGAGUAGGCUCAUGGGAGAAGGGAGCAGUUGGCACAGUGCCAAAGGUGUCACUUAAGCAUUGUGACAAUAUGUCUUGGACCAAAGGGUCCAACAAAGUUGCAGUAAUAGAGCAUGUUGCAAAGCCACGUAUGCAGCUUAGGUGGCGAAAGCGGAUUGGUCACAUCUUCCACCUCAUCAGAGUAAAGAGAUCAUCCACCAAAGGUGGUGCUAGUCAUGUUUGCCAUGUGAGCACCAAAUUAGAUGGAGUGAAGGUGAGACAUGGACAUGGAUGGAUAAGAACUCUGACAAAGAGAAAGACCAAAGAAUGAAUCAUAAUUCAUAUGAAAGCAAAGCAAACACCAAAAGGCCUUGUCUAAGAAAAAAGUAAAAGAAAAAAAGAGAAAAAUAAGACAAGCUUUCAUCCACUUACUCUCCUACCUUUUUAAAGUGUGAAUGGAAAUAUAGCUUUUGUGAAGAUUGGCUUGGCUUUUCCCCCUUUUUUUUUUCUUCUUUCUUCCCCCUUUCACUUGUUUGGCAUAUGUUGUAUCCUAAAAUGUGUGACAACCCCAUGUUAUAGCCACUUCUUGAAUUGUCUAAGAAAAAAGGAUGCUAAAAACAUGAAUUCUCCUCCCCAUAUCCUACAUCUAUACAUUGUCUACAUUUGUGUGUGUACUCUUGCCAACCCAUGUUAUAAAUUGGCCUUUCUGGAAAGUGAAAA